AUGGACGAAGGCGGAACUGGUACUCCGGGCAGCAGGACCACGACGCCCCAGAUCGCCACCCCAACGGGUGGGGAUGGAGACGGAGCGGGUGCGGGGGCGCCUCAUUUCGACUUCUCAAACGAUUCGAUGGAUCCGACAGGAGACGUGAACAGAGCCAGAGCUAGACCCCAGCCAGGACAGCCGGGACAGCCGCCUCGCCGUGCGCCGGGAAGACAGAAGGGGUCGGGACGAUUUGGAGAACAGAAUCCCGAAGAGCUGGCCGACGCCGUUGCUGCUGCUGGAGUGAACAUUCGUGCGGAGGAGGAAGCCAUGAUGGGUGGACUGCAGGUUUCCCGCCGCCAGAUCAGCCCAAACAACUUUCUAAGACCGGCCCAAGUGGCCUGGUUCAUGAACAAAACCAUGGAGGACCAGGGGUUGCGCAAGAUGGAGUACGACGAGGAGUUGAUCAACCUGAUGUCCAGUGCGUGUGAACAGUACGUUGCAGACGUGGUGACGGAUCUGCUUGUUGUGUCUCGUCAUAGACGCCGGGGAUUGCGUACCAAACAGAAACAGUCUGCAGGAGGCACCAAGUCCGACAUUUCGCGUGCCUUGAGAGAUAUCGCUACCAAACAGAAAGAAAGAGAAGAGAAAAGACUCAAAAGAAGAAUGGCCCUUGGUCUGGACGAGGACAAGAAAGAAGGCGACUUGAUUGCCGAACACAAACAAACAAACAUCACCGCAUCGUUGAUGAUGAGCGGGUCUAAGAAAAAGUACUCGUGGAUGCAAUCUUCCUCGAAAGCCGAUCCAGUCACCGUUCGUGGAGACAACGGUAUCAGAUACAGAGAAGCGCGCGAGGAGCAGUCUCUUGUGCUGAGAGACCUGCUUCUGGCGUUGGAAAAACGUCGUAUCGGCGUCAACAACGCCAUGGUGAAAGGAUAUGCCAAGCUUAAGGACUAG